AAGCGAAAAUAGGAGCUGGAUAUGGAAAGGAGGAAUAAAUGGAGAAUGUGAAGACUUGUUCGUAGAUGCAUAAAGCAGUCUCGACAGUGGAUAAAUCUAACAUGUAGUGCUAGAGUAGAUUGUUACACUGACAGCGUGAAAACCGUUCGACGUCGCUUGGCACUGGAUUUCUCAAUAACCCAGUUCACUUUGUCAACAGUAUUGUGAUUCAAUAUGGGAUUUUUUCACCAACUAAAGUUAUUAUUGUGGAAAAACUUUACACUCAAGAAACGGAGCCCAUUUGUGGUUGUCUUUGAGCUGUUCAUUCCACUGGUGCUGUUCGUCAUCUUGCUCCUGAUCAGGAAAAAGCUUCCUGCUGACCCCGUCAAGACAAUCCAAUACCAAGCCAAGCCAUUGCCAUCGUCUGGUAUUGUGUCCAUAAUGCAGAUGUUCUGUGAAAACGGAGUUCGAGAUGAGUGGGGAUUUAUGAACUUCCCAAAUUCACGAUCGACCAAGUCUUUAUUGAGUCAGCUGCAGGCAGUGGCUGAUAACCAUCACUACUUUGAUCCAGGUUUCACUCCCGAGGAGAUGGAUGAACUGCCGGAAAUGUACCGGAGCAUCAUUGACGACCCUGCUUUUCUACAUGAUAGUUUUGAAAAUGCAACAAAUUUUCAGCUGAAAUCUGUCUUGACCAAUGUAAAUAAAUUCAAACGAUUUCUGACUUCCAAUUUAUCGCUUCCUGAGGAUGAUGUCACCGUUCUACUCAACUCUACCAUUGCCAUUAAAGAGAUAUAUAGAUUCUUAUUUGGAGAAGAUCUGGAUUUUCUUCAGCAGUCUCUACACCGACGGAAGCGAAGUUUUCAAAAAGGCUUUCUACAAAUGGACCAGGCUGCGUCGUUCAUGAAUCUCAAACGUGACAGUCUGCAGGAUGUUGAGAGGGCACUGCUACGAUCUACCAUGAGAAGUAUACUGGCUGAACUGCAGCCUAGCCGGUCAAAUGAGGUCAUCAACAAUAUAGAAGGGAAAGUGUUAGAGCGGCUGUUGACCAAUCCGAGAGUAUUAGAGAAAAACAAUAUGGUUGACAUUAUAAACAUUUUAAUGGAAGUUGUGAACAAGUAUAACACUCCUUUUAUCAUUACACCAAAACAGAUGGCGGAAUUGUUAAAGGUUGUGAUGUUCUCUCCGGCCUCUCUACACAAGGCUGCCUGUGAUAAGAAUUUUUUACGCCGAUUUCUAGUCCCACCAACGACGCAAAAUGUCUCACAACUGGAGGAUCUUCAACACCAGUUAUGCAAUUUGAGUGUACACCAGCUUAAUGAGCUAUCAGCCUAUCUGAAGUCAUCAGUCACAGACAAAACUCUUAUUCAUGAACUGCACCUGAAAGCUGUCAAUUUGACAGCGACGACGAAAAAGGUCAAUUUUUUUGUUAAAAAGGUGAACCGGUUUGUACAGUUCCAAACAGAGUUAGAGGUGCUAGCCAAACUCGUGUCGAUGUUGCCACUUAGUGCCCAGGACAUGAACAACUCCACUGACACCAACAGCAACAGCAGCCAUGCUGCCGGCAACUCUUCUGAUACAGACUCAUCAAAGCAUCCUCCGCCGGGUGGCCACGAUCCGCAGAAACACCCGAAAGGUUUGAUGAAGAUCUGGUCAUUCAUGCAGCAGACAGUGUGCGGAACUCCACACCGACCGAUCACGAACCCACUGGACAACGGUGACAAUGAGGAUUCCGAGAGAGAAGAUGAGACUGUUCUGUCCUCCAGACAGGCAAGGAUGCUAGGCAUUAUCUUCCACAUCUUGUACAGCAAUCCCAAGGUGCUGUACGCUCCUGACAACACAUCGGCGGACGACGUCAUACAGCAGGCCAAUGCUACUUUUGCAUUUGUCGAUUUGAUUGGGAAAUACUCCAAGAAAUGGCUGAAUGUGUCACAGGAGCUGCAAGUGUAUCUUCAGAAACCCAAAACGGCCCACAACCUUGACUCCAUUAGAAUGAUGCAGCAGGCAUUGCGCGAGCACAAGGGAGUGUUUGGCUGGAUGUUUCAGAUUCCGCAGUUAUCUCCCUUCCUGAACAAGACGAUUCCGACGAACACACAGUACAUCCGUCUGCUGAAAGUGAUAGAUGAAGCGGCCAGUGGGUGGCUCCACAUGAUUGAUGGAAUCAGUCUGAACGUCUUCCAAGGAUUCCCCAAUGAAACGGCCAUGGUGGACUAUUUCUUGACAAAGGCUUACUCUGAGAAUGUCAGUGUCCUAGCAGGUGUUGUAUUUGAAAACAUUGGUCGUGAUGGGAAGCUUCCACCACACGUUCGCUAUAAGAUCCGACAGAACGCGACGUUCACCCCGACCACCAAGUUUGUCCGCUCACAGACGUGGUACCCAGGCCCAGGCUAUUAUGCAUAUCCGUACUAUGAAUUUGGAUUUGUCUGGAUCCAGGAUAUUGUGGAGAGAGCUAUCAUAGACAUUCAGACCGGUCGUGAUGUGGUAGAACCAGGGACCUUCAUUCAGCAGUUCCCGUAUCCAUGUUACAUGUAUGACCACUUUGUGUUCAUGAUAGAGCACGUGAUGCCACUCUGUUUGACCAUAUCCUGGGUGUAUACAGUGGCCAUGUUGGUUCAGAGCAUUGUUUACGAGAAAGAACAACGGUUGAAAGAGGUGAUGAAGAUGAUGGGCUUAAGCAAUGCUGUACAUUGGUGUGCUUGGUUUCUGACCACCUUCAUCCAGAUGACCAUAACAGUGGUGACUCUGACAGCCAUAUUCAAGUUUGGUAAGAUCCUGGCCCACAGUGACCCACUGGUAGUCUUUACGAUGCUGGAGCUCUACGUGGUGGCUGUGAUUUCCUUCUGUUUCUUGAUCAGUGUCCUGUACUCGAAGGCUAAAGUUGCUGCAGCGUGUGCAGGCAUCAUCUACUUCCUGUCGUAUGUUCCGUACAUGUACAUCGCAAUCAAGGAAGACAUUGCAGGAGACAAAAUACCAGCUUAUGCGAAAACACUCGCCUCGCUGUUCUCCACAACGGCGUUUGGCCUGGGCUCCAAGUACUUUGCGUACUACGAGGAGAUGGGGAUCGGUGUGCAGUGGUCGAACAUCUCCGAGUCUCCGGUCACGGAUGACGAGUUCACGCUCUUCAUGGUCGCACUGAUGCUCAUCUUCGACACCUUCCUCUACCUGCUGCUUGUCUGGUACAUAGAACACGUCUUCCCAGGUUCAUUUGGAUUGCCUAAACCGUGGUACUUCCCAUUCAUGAAAUCCUACUGGUGUGGAGGUUCACUAAAACAUACAGAAGAUUGUCCCAGCUUACUAGACCUUUGUCGCCGUGGUAACCAUGCCUACAUGUCAUUGUCACAGGAAGAUGAAGCUUGCUCCAUGGGCCCGCAGGAUCCUGACCAUGCCAGGAAGUUUGAACCAGAACCAGUACAUAUUCCACUGGGUGUUGGAAUAGAAAACCUUACCAAGGUGUACAAAACGGGCAAGAAAGUAGCUGUGAAUAAACUGACUCUGAACUUCUACGAAGGACAAAUCACCUCGUUCCUGGGACACAAUGGAGCCGGCAAGACCACUACAAUGUCUGUAUUGACUGGAUUGAUUCCACCAUCCUCGGGCUAUGCUACAGUGUACGGUCUUGACAUCAGAACUGACAUGGAUGUAAUCCGACAGAGUCUGGGCAUGUGUCCACAACACAACGUGCUUUUUGAUAAACUUACUGUGGAAGAGCAUCUCUGGUUCUAUGCCAUGCUGAAGGGGAUGAAGCCAACCGACAUCAAAGCAGAGAUAGACAGGAUGCUUGUUGAUCUGGCCCUGCCUAACAAACGUCACAGUAAAGUGGACUGUCUGUCUGGCGGCAUGCAGCGCAAACUCUCGGUGGCCAUUGCGUUUGUUGGAGGCUCAAGAACGGUCAUUCUGGAUGAGCCCACAGCAGGAAUUGACCCCUACGCACGGAGAGCCAUCUGGGACCUGCUGAUCAAGUACAAACAAGAUCGCACAAUAAUUCUCUCGACACAUCAUAUGGAUGAGGCCGACAUCCUGGGUGACCGGAUAGCCAUCAUCUCGAACGGUGAGCUCAAGUGCUGUGGGUCGUCCAUCUUCCUGAAGAACAACAUUGGUGAAGGCUACCACCUGACCAUCGUGAAGGAGGAGACAACCGAGGAGAAUCAGGAUUCAGAUUCGUCCGAUGAGCUGAAACCUGAGCACAAUAUAACACACAAUCUGGUGUCGAAAUGUGAGGAGAGCAAAGUGACCGAGUUCAUUCAGAAAUACGUGCCAACCGCCUACUUGAAAAAUGAGACCCAGCGAGAGCUUCAGUACAUUCUGCCCAAUGAGGAGGCCAAGAAGCGGAACUUUGAGAAGCUGUUCCUGGCGUUCGAGUCUGGCCUGGAUGACCUAUACGUGGGAGGUUACGGAAUCGUCGACACAAACCUGGAGGAAGUCUUCCUCACAAUCACGGAAUCAGCAUUUCAGGAAGAAGCAAAUGAACAAGCUGAAAAGCAAUUGGAGACAUUUUCUGUGCAAACAUCCAAUGCAAAUCAAGAAGAAAGUCCAAGCAACUUGCUGACCAAUCAGAGUGCAUCUUCUUUAACAAACCUUUUGAGAGACGCAGAAGAUGAUUCGUUAGUGGCUGACACUGCUGCUUCAUGUGACACUGAUUCUGACACACCCUUGAUUGACCUGGAGGAGAUUAAUGUUCCACAUGCAUUCAGUGUGCACUCGGAUAAUCUGGGACCAAUACCUUUUAUGCAAGAAGGCACGUCUGGUGAGCCGCGGAUUCUUCUCGAGGGCCGCGGAAGUCACAUGCUGAGCCCCAAGCUGCUGCUGCUGAACCACUUCCGCGCGGUCAUCAUCAAACGCUUCCACUACAUCAUGCGCAACUGGAGGAGUCUCUUCUCACAGAUCAUUCUGCCAGCCAUCUUUGUUGCCAUAGCAAUGACUGUCGCACUAGCUGCACCAUCACUUGACGACCUGCCCAUUCUUGAACUCAGUCCUUCGCAGUAUUACAACGUGACCCGACCCAGGGGGAAUUUCAUUCCUUUCACCAAUGCCAGAAUGACUGCUGAUCUUCACUCGAAGGAUGCUGGAGCGGAGAAACUCAUAGCGACAUUGUUUUUACCGGCUGGCGUUGGAGCGACGUGUGUUUUCCAGUCAACUCUCAACAGCUCUUACGACUUGGAUGUCAUUAAGUUCAACGAGAUUCAUGGUUAUUUAGAGCUGUUAGCCAAGUUUUAUGAACCUCAGUGUGCCAAAGUGUUUGCGCCAGGAUUUCACAUUCCCCAACACUCGCCCAGGAUGAAGGACUUUGGGGAUCAGAACAACUCCUUUUAUCCAUUAGUUCCAAGCUAUUUGACGGACCACUUCUACCCAUCUUGCAAGUGUUCCAGUGAUAACACAGGCUUUAUUUGCUCUGACAAACAUCACUUGAUGCCCCCGAGUUUCCACGUUGUCACACAGGACAUACUGCUGAACAUCACAGGCCAGAGAACGGAAAACUACUUACUAUACACCACAUCGGAAUACAGACGUCAUAGGUAUGGUGCUUUAGCAUUUGGACUAGAACAGCAUUUUGUUCCUCAAAACUUUGGGAAGAAUUCUCCAACACUGUUUAGGAAACUUGCUGUUAGGAGUGCUGCCAAGGUGUGGUUCAACCACAAGGGCUACCACUCCAUGCCUGCAUUCCUCAACACCAUCAACAACGCCAUACUCCGAGCUAACCUUCCAUCAGAAAAAGGAAACCCUUCAAUUUACGGUAUCACGCUGUACAAUCAUCCAUGGAAUGAAACCAACAAUGAACUUGCCAAUCUAAAAACUGUCAUGGAAGGGUCUGAUGUUUUGAUAGCUAUUUUCAUCAUUGUCGCUAUGUCAUUUGUACCUGCCAGUUUUGUUGUGUUUCUUGUCUACGAGAAGUCGACGAAGUCUAAACAUCUACAGUUUGUCACCGGUAUCAACCCCAUCAUGUACUGGCUGGGAAACUAUGUGUGGGAUAUGUGUAAUUACGUGAUUCCUGCUUUCAUGUGUAUUUUGAUACUGCUGAUAUUUCAAAUACCAGCCUAUGUGUCUACAACAAACAUUCCUGCAGUUGUUGCACUUUUCCUCUUGUAUGGGUGGUCCAUCAUACCUGUAAUGUAUCCAUUUUCAUUCCUGUUUAACGAGCCAAGCACGGCAUACAUCUGUCUGAUUGUCAUCAACCUGUUUACUGGGAUCACCUGUAUUGUGUCCAGCUUUCUCCUCGAGAUGUUCUCAUACGACAAGGACCUGGGGAAGAUCCACAGGGUAAUAAAGUACAUAUUUAUGAUGUUUCCCAACUACUGUCUGGGCCGCGGGCUCAUGGAUCUGGCCUUCAACGAGUACAAGAACGAGUUCUUCUUCAAGACAGGUCAGUACGACAAGAUGAAGUCACCAAUGGAAUGGGGUAUCAUUCCAAACAAGCUGGUUGCCAUGACAACAGUGGGAUUGAUCUUCUUCCUCAUCACCCUAUUGUGUGAAUACAGGUUCUUCAUAAAGCCUAGAAAGCACAAGACAUCCAAUACUACAGUUCAGGAAGAAGACUUGGAUGUGGCUGCAGAAAGACGCCGGGUUCUCAAAGGAAAUGGCCGCUUUGAUUUGCUGCGACUCGAAAACUUGACCAAGGUAUAUGUGACCAGGAAGCUUGGCAGGCACCUUGCUGUUGACAAACUUUGCAUUGGUGUUCCACCAGGAGAGUGUUUUGGUCUCCUGGGUGUAAAUGGAGCUGGAAAAACAACCACAUUUAAAAUGCUUACAGGUGACCUACUGCCAACAUCUGGAAAUGCAUAUGUUGAUGGAUAUAGCGUUGUUCAGGACAUGCAGAAGGUUCAGAAGAGCAUCGGUUACUGCCCUCAGUUUGACUCUCUCUACGACGAGCUGACGGCCAGGGAGCAUCUCCAGUUCUACUGUAGAGUGCGAGGCGUCACGCCUAAAGACGAAAAGAUGGUUGUGAACUGGGCGCUGAAAAAGCUUGGUUUAAUGAAGUAUGCAGACAAGCUGUCCGGAACCUACAGUGGUGGAAACAAACGCAAACUCUCUACAGCAAUCGCUCUGAUUGGCCACCCACCUGUAAUAUUCUUGGAUGAGCCGACAACAGGAAUGGAUCCCCACUCCAGACGUUUUCUCUGGGAUCUUAUCCUAGGACUGAUUCAAGACGGCCGAUCAGUGGUGCUCACUUCUCAUAGUAUGGAGGAAUGUGAAGUGCUGUGUACCAGACUGGCCAUCAUGGUGAACGGCAGGUUCAAGUGUCUUGGCAGCAUCCAGCACCUGAAGAAUAAGUACGGCGAUGGCUACACCAUCACUAUUCGCGUCAAGGGGCCCAACUACGACCGAGACAGAAGAAGUAUAGAGCGAUUCUUUACCAGGAAUGUACCCCAGGCUGUACUCAAGGAACACCAUUACAACAUGAUGCAGUAUGAACUGACCUCCAACUGUCUUUCUCUGUCUGCUAUCUUCACCACACUUGAGGAUGCGGGGCAGGAUCUCCCCAUAGAAGACUAUUCUGUCAGUCAGAACACUUUGGACAAUGUAUUUAUAAACUUUGUGAAGCAGCAAAUGGAAAUCGUACAAGAAGAAGCUGAGGGCGAGCAAGUGACUGCCUGCUUAUCAUCGAUUCAAAGGCCUAAUGCUAACACCACCUCCAGGUCAAGCUCUAGCUCACACCUGUCAAACAGCCUGUCGGAGGAUAGCCUGUAUACCAGCGACAGUGACGAUGAAUGUAUACUAAGGCUGGAUCAAGCCAAUGGGAAUCGACUAAGUCUGAUGCCAAUGUGAUUCUCCUGAUCUCAUCUGUUCAAAGCAAAUUGUGAUCUCAAGCCAGUAGACCCAUGGGAUGCCUUCAGUAGGCUGUUCAUCUGUUCAGUAUUAAUCACACUGGUGGGAGGUCUCCAGCAGAUCGCAGUGCAAAGAUGCUGGAGUGGAUUCCUCUAGAUGCUGCCGGACCAAACUGAUAAACACACAUCAGCCUAGUUAGUUAGAAGAACCAGUCUAAUCUAAUCAACAUAGAUAGAUCCUGAACAUUGUCCAGUUCCCAUUAAAUCUCAGUGGUGUUCGUCUAGUACAUUCAUGUGAUGCUUGUGUGACUGUGUUUUCCAGGAGGACCCCUGUUAAGCUAGUGAAUCUGUUGUUUUCAGAAGAACCUGUGUUCUAUGUUAAGCUUGUGAAUCUAUGUUUUCAGGAGACCCCAUAUUAAGCUUGUGAAUCUGUGUUUUUCCAAGAAGAAUCCAUCUUUUAAAGCUAGCGAUUCUGUUUAAUUAGUGUACUUAUGGUUAGCUUGUGAAGCCAUAUUUACCAUGUGAACUAAUGCCUAAUUGGUAGAAUUGUUUAACAAGCAUUUGUUUCACUAGCGAACUGAAGUUCAUUUGGAUUGAAUCCAUUUACUGUGAUGUUCGGGACAAAUAAUUAUUUUGAUCAUCUGUUCUAUGGUGAGUGAAUGGUCAUCUUUUCCAGACUGACAGAGUGGUCAGUAUUUCCGAGGUGGCUAAUGGUCAUCACAUCUAAACCGUGCAAAUGGAGAUCAACAUUUAUGAGAUAUUGAGAAAUAUAUUUAUGUUGUUGAAUAAGAGACACUGUUCAUGUUUUCAGCAAAGACAUCUACCCACAACAAUCUCAUUUGCAACUAGUAAGAAAUCCCACAAACUCCUGUUGAUGGAGUUAUAAGGACUUUUAAUAACAUCAGGUGUGGGUCAAGGAUUUUAUGCAUGGGUUUCUACAUGCAACUACUUAAACGGUAGCAGUGAAUACACUUUAAAAUAAGUGGAACAAAUGCUUUUUUGUACUGUUUUUUUGUUUUGUUGGAGCAGUUGAGAUAUCCAGACCUUCUUGAUCUGCUCCCAAGUGUAAACUGUGUUCUGUAUUGUGAUUGGUUAAUUAUAUUCUUUUUUGGGGAUCAAAUGAAAAUAAUACCUGGAAAGCUAAUGAUGUCAUUAGAAAGUGAUGUCAUUAGCAAUUGGUACAGGCCAAGUUGACGGUUCAAGGGUCUACAGUUAGAUUGUAGCCAGGUUUUCUUUUUAAAAAAUACCAAAUAUACAGUUAGUUCUGUAGAAAAGCAAUUCAGUUUACAAUGGACAUAAACAUAUGGAAUUUUUAGAUUUAGGGGUGUUAUUAUCUGUUUCAUACCUGCAAAUGUUUCAUUUGUAACCUCAGGCUAACGCCUUCAUUCAAAAAUGACAUUUCAGGGACCAAAUAGACAAUAACACACGCAAGUCUUAAAAACUCCAUAUAGUUAACUCCUAAAUAGACAUGUUUUUGUUGACUGUUGUUGGUACAUAGACAUGUAUAUUGAUAAAUAUAUAAUUAAUGGAUUCUUUUUAGUUACAUGAUGACAGAGCUAAACAUGAUGCUAGCUAAUUUUGGGCUCACUCUGUUUAUUUGUAAUGAAGAUCUAUUUGAUUUGCGUGUUCGAUAGAGCAACAAAAUGAACACAAUGCAGGCUUGGUGAUUCAUAGUUUUGUUGUAUUCCUUAACAUUGAAUUAUAAUGCCUGAUGCCUUGAGAACUGAUGAGUCAUCAAACACAUAUAAUUGGUACCCGUGACCUUUACUUGCCAUAAUGCAGUACAGUUUAGUUAAACCGAGUGACCUGGAUCUAAUUGGUAUCAGUUUGACUUGAGUUUCUCACACUGGUAAACAUAUUAUAGAUUAUAUGUAGGCUGCUAUACUUUGAUUAUUGAGCUAUUGAUUAUGUGCAAUAUACCCACUAAAUAAAACUUCUAUAUUUUGUGGUUUUAUUUUCAUAAGAGAAUGCUAUUUUACUGUAUAUUUGGGGAAAAAAAACACACCAGAAAAUGUUAUAUGAUCUUUCAUUUCUAUAUUUGAAAUAUUACUGUUUUCUUCAGUUACUAUUGUAACUAAAGAUUUGAAAAAAAGUUAUAAUACAGUAAUAAGUGUUGUUUAAAAACAGUUAAAACUUAUACGUACAUACCCACCUUUCGUGUUUGUUAAAAAAAAAAUAUUUUUUAUAUUAUGACCAAUUAUAAUCAGGGGUGGAUAAACUCUUUCAAAUUUGUGAUCUCACAGUGCAAAGCAAAAAGAUUUGCAAAGAUAAUUCAGUGUUGGUUAAGAGAGCUGUGUGAAUUAGGCCCCAUGUAUUUAUCAUGUAUAAAUGUCUUCUUUCUUGUAUUUACCUUUGACACCCAAUAGUCGAUGUAUUGUUUGUGCUGAGGUGCCAUUAAACAUUCAUUCCUUCAUUUAUGAUGUAUAUAUUUGAAAGUUUUAAAGGUGCUGUAUCACCUUCCCAUGUUGUACAAGUAGUAACUAUUACUAAUGCAAAAUACAAACAUAAUGGCACUUUUAAACAACAUCACGAGUGUUUUAAAGGUACAAUCACCUAAUCUUGUAAGUUGUAACACCAUUCACUAAUGCAACAUACAAACAUAUGACAGUUUUAAACAACAUGAGUGUUUUAAAGGUACAAUCACCUAAUCUUGUAAGUAGUAACACCAUUCACUAAUGCAACAUAUAAACAUAUGACAGUUUCAAAGAAAACCUUAUGUGUUUUUGCUUUUACAGGUAUUGUCAACUUCUCUUGUAGGGAACAUUUUGUUCAGUAUCACGUCAAGAUUUGCUACGCAAAUUUUAAUAUCGCUACACAAUCCUAAAACAUUAACUAGUAGUUGCUACUUAAUUUUAAAUUGAUCACCAACUGUCGAAUUUUAUGAACAAAAUGUUCCCUACCUUGAUGGAACAUAAAAGACUUGCUGUCAUUUUUUUAAAUCAUAUAUUGUAAAAUUUAACAACAGUGAAGCAUACUGCUUUUUGAAUAUUGAUGUGAUAAACAGUAAGGUUGUACAUAACUUGCAUUGAAAUCAGUAUUAAAUAUUAAAGGGUUUUGAAGAACAGGCCUAAUGGUUUUAAAUUUAUUGUAAAACACUUAAGUUCCAUGCCUUGUGAUUUUUGGUACCCUGCAGAAACUGUAACUAUGGUUACAGUGGGUUAUGAUAAUAGGUAACAGACUUUCAAUUCUAUGAUUUUGAUGAUCUGCAGCCCAUUUCACUAAACAUUGUAAGUUUACGUCUGCAACUAGCAGUUAUACCGGACAUUCAUUCACAUGUGUUUGACAUCUAUUUAACCCUUGAAAUUACAUCAGUACAGAAAAUGGAGCAUUUUAAGGACAAAGGAACAUGAAAUAUGUGUACUUUUUAACUAUAUUUGUUGAACUAUAAUAGUAAUAAGAAUUGUGAUUUAGUCGUAGAUUUACGUUUACGUUCAAAACAAGGCGUACGAUGUUUUGUCAAAUUGGGCCCUGUUUCUGUGAAAUCUGGUAGAAUGGAGAAAUUUGGGGGGGGGGGGGGGGGUAAAUGGAUGAUCUCUUUUAAUACU